CAGCUUCUACAUUACUUGAAUUUAACUAUCAUUAUCACAUAGAUAGAUUGUUUUUUUAAAGUUUUGUACCUUGACCUCACUUUAUUUAAUCAGCUAGAGAGGAUUGUGAACAUAUUGGAAAUGACAAUAGAAAUAAUAUAAUAAUAAUAAUAAUGAAUACUAAUUCAAACCCGAAUAUGAGGAAACAGACAGAAACGGUCCGUUUUGCCUUGUGAACAGAAUAAUCUCAAUGAAAACGAGCUUAAACUUUUUCCAGUACACUGGGGAUCGGAUUAAAAAUGAUUAUUAUUAUGGUUUUUUUUAAACCCGGCGUUUCUGAAGAAGGAUAUACACGUGGAACAUGAUGUAGUGCCUCUGUUUCCAUUAUGCUUUCUCUCCCUUCAUUUCUCAUUCUGCUGUAUUGUUGUUCUCUGUUCGUCCGCCCGUCAGAGCAUCGUUGCUCUCUGUCCAAACCCUAGUCCCCUAUGAAGUGCAUUACUUUUGAGCCCUAUAGGAGCACUAUGGGCCCUGAUAUAAAUAAAUAAAUAAUAUGAGUGCACUACAUAGGGAAUAGGGCUCUGGUGUAAAGUAAUGCACUACAUAGGGAAUAGGGCUCUGGUGUAAAGUAGUGCACUAUAUAGGGAAUAGGGCUCUGGUGUAAAGUAAUGCACUACAUAGGGAAUAGGGCUCUGGUGUAAAGUAGUGCACUAUAUAGGGAAUAGGGUUCUGGUGUAAAGUAGUGCACUACAUAGGGAAUAGGGCUCUGGUGUAAAGUAGUGCACUAUAUAGGGAAUAGGGCUCUGGUGUAAAGUAGUGCACUACAUAGGGAAUAGGGCUCUGGUGUAAAGUAGUGCACUAUAUAGGGAAUAGGGCUCUGGUGUAAAGUAGUGCACUAUAUAGGGAAUAGGGCUGUGGUGUAAAGUAGUGCACUACAUAGGGAAUAGGGCUCUGGUGUAAAGUAGUGCACUAUAUAGGGAAUAGGGCUCUGGUGUAAAGUAGUGCACUACAUAGGGAAUAGGGCUCUGGUGUAAAGUAGUGCACUAUAUAGGGAAUAGGGCUCUGGUGUAAAGUAGUGCACUACAUAGGGAAUAGGGCUCUGGUGUAAAGUAGUGCACUACAUAGGGAAUAGGGCUCUGGUGUAAAGUAGUGCACUACAUAGGGAAUAGGGCUCUGGUGUAAAGUAGUGCACUACAUAGGGAAUAGGGCUCUGGUGUAAAGUAGUGCACUACAUAGGGAAUAGGGCUCUGGUGUAAAGUAGUGCACUAUAUAGGGAAUAGGGCUCUGGUGUAAAGUAGUGCACUACAUAGGGAAUAGGGCUCUGGUGUAAAGUAGUGCACUACAUAGGGAAUAGGGUGCCCUUUGGGAUUUCUCCAUCGUCAGGCAGUUUGUCCAGCUAAUCAUCACCUGGUCCUUUUGCCCAGCUGACUAUUAUAUACGUCAUGUCUGUUUGGAGAUGAAUAUGAGCGUAUGAACUUGAAUGGUAUCAUUCACUUUAAUCCAGUGACAGAGUUGGGCAUAUGCCAUUUCUAAACAUAUUAUCUCUACGGUAUAAAGAUAAUCAGAGGUCUGUACCAAUGGGUCAGAGGCCUACCCUGUACCAAUGGGUCAGAGGCCUACCCUGUACCAAUGGGUCAGAGGCCUACCCUGUACCAAUGGGUCAGAGGCCUACCCUGUACCAAUGGGUCAGAGGCCUACCCUGUACCAAUGGGUCAGAGGCCUACCCUGUACCAAUGGGUCAGAGGCCUACCCUGUACCAAUGGGUCAGAGGCCUGUACCAAUGGGUCAGAGGCCUGUACCAAUGGGUCAGAGGCCUGUACCAAUGGGUCAGAGGUCUACCCUGUACCAAUGGGUCAGAGGCCUGUACCAAUGGGUCAGAGGCCUGUACCAAUGGGUCAGAGGUCGGUACCAAUGGGUCAGAGGCCUGUACCAAUGGGUCAGAGGUCUACCCUGUACCAAUGGGUCAGAGGUCUACCCUGUACCAAUGGGUCAGAGGCCUACCCUGUACCAAUGGGUCGGAGGUCUACCCUGUACCAAUGGGUCAGAGGUCGGUACCAAUGGGUCAGAGGCCUGUACCAAUGGGUCAGAGGCCUGUACCAAUGGGUCAGAGGCCUACCCUGUACCAAUGGGUCAGAGGUCGGUACCAAUGGUUCAGAGGCCUGUACCAAUGGGUCAGAGGUCGGUACCAAUGGGUCAGAGGUCUACCCUGUACCAAUGGGUCAGAGGUCUACCCUGUACCAAUGGGUCAGAGGUCUACCCUGUACCAAUGGGUCAGAGGUCGGUACCAAUGGGUCAGAGGCCUGUACCAAUGGGUCAGAGGCCUGUACCAAUGGGUCAGAGGUCUACCCUGUACCAAUGGGUCAGAGGUCUACCCUGUACCAAUGGGUCGGAGGUCUACCCUGUACCAAUGGGUCGGAGGUCUACCCUGUACCAAUGGGUCAGAGGUCUACCCUGUACCAAUGGGUCAGAGGCCUACCCUGUACCAAUGGGUCAGAGGUCUACCCUGAACCAAUGGGUCAGAGGCCUACCCUGUACCAAUGGGUCAGAGGCCUACCCUGUACCAAUGGGUCAGAGGCCUACCCUGUACCAAUGGGUCAGAGGUCUACCCUGUACCAAUGGGUCAGAGGUCUACCCUGUACCAAUGGGUCAGAGGCCUACCCUGUACCAAUGGGUCAGAAGCCUGUACCAAUGGGUCAGAAGCCUGUACCAAUGGGUCAGAAGCCUGUACCAAUGGGUCAGAGGUCGGUACCAAUGUGUCAGAGGCCUACCCUGUACCAAUGGGUCAGAGGUCUACCCUGUACCAAUGGGUCAGAGGCCUACCCUGUACCAAUGGGUCGGAGGUCUACCCUGUACCAAUGGGUCAGAGGUCGGUACCAAUGGGUCAGAGGCCUGUACCAAUGGGUCAGAGGCCUGUACCAAUGGGUCAGAGGCCUACCCUGUACCAAUGGGUCAGAGGUCUACCCUGUACCAAUGGGUCAGAGGUCUACCCUGUACCAAUGGGUCGGAGGUCUACCCUGUACCAAUGGGUCGGAGGUCUACCCUGUACCAAUGGGUCAGAGGCCUACCCUGUACCAAUGGGUCAGAGGCCUGUACCAAUGGGUCAGAGGCCUGUACCAAUGGGUCAGAGGCCUACCCUGUACCAAUGGGUCAGAGGCCUGUACCAAUGGGUCGGAGGUCUACCCUGUACCAAUGGGUCGGAGGUCUACCCUGUACCAAUGGGUCAGAGGCCUGUACCAAUGGGUCAGAGGCCUGUACCAAUGGGUCAGAGGUCUACCCUGUACCAAUGGGUCAGAGGCCUACCCUGUACCAAUGGGUCAGAGGCCUACCCUGUACCAAUGGGUCAGAGGCCUGUACCAAUGGGUCAGAGGCCUACCCUGUACCAAUGGGUCAGAGGCCUACCCUGUACCAAUGGGUCAGAGGCCUGUACCAAUGGGUCAGAGGCCUACCCUGUACCAAUGGGUCAGAGGCCUACCCUGUACCAAUGGGUCAGAGGCCUACCCUGUACCAAUGGGUCAGAGGCCUACCCUGUACCAAUGGGUCAGAGGCCUACCCUGUACCAAUGGGUCAGAGGCCUACCCUGUACCAAUGGGUCAGAGGCCUACCCUGUACCAAUGGGUCAGAGGCCUGUACCAAUGGGUCAGAGGUCUACCCUGUACCAAUGGGUCAGAGGCCUGUACCAAUGGGUCAGAGGCCUGUACCAAUGGGUCAGAGGCCUGUACCAAUGGGUCAGAGGUCUACCCUGUACCAAUGGGUCAGAGGUCUACCCUGUACCAAUGGGUCAGAGGUCUACCCUGUACCAAUGGGUCAGAGGCCUGUACCAAUGGGUCAGAGGCCUGUACCAAUGGGUCAGAGGUCUACCCUGUACCAAUGGGUCAGAGGCCUGUACCAAUGGGUCAGAGGCCUGUACCAAUGGGUCAGAGGCCUGUACCAAUGGGUCAGAGGCCUACCCUGUACCAAUGGGUCAGAGGCCUGUACCAAUGGGUCAGAGGUCUACCCUGUACCAAUGGGUCAGAGGUCUGUACCAAUGGGUCAGAGGCCUGUACCAAUGGGUCAGAGGUCUACCCUGUACCAAUGGGUCAGAGGUCUACCCUGUACCAAUGGGUCAGAGGUCUACCCUGUACCAAUGGGUCAGAGGUCUACCCUGAACCAAUGGGUCAGAGGCCUACCCUGUACCAAUGGGUCAGAGGUCUACCCUGUACCAAUGGGUCUUGUUCGAUUGAUUCAAUCAGGAAAAACCAAAUAGUCACUGAAAUCUCACAUACAGUCAUGUAGAAUGUAAAUUAUAAUUAUUUUAAGCUUUUAAUAUUUGAUUUGAUUGCAGUGAGUGGCCGUAUGUUUCUCGGUUUUGGUUGUCUCUUUCCCAGUUUACAAUAUUAGGGCAUUACAUUUUAUAGAACAUUCUAGACCCUUUACCCCAGAGGAGAUGCUUGGCCUGUUCUAUGUAGACAUGUAGACAGGACAUCAUGUAGACUGGGGCUGCUUCUCAAAUGGUUCCCUGUUUCCUAUAUAGCACUCUGCUCUUGACCAGAGCCAUUUGGCGCUGUCUGUCACUCCUAUUUCCCUGUCUGUCACUGACACUAUCGUAUCCCAACAGCCUUCACAAAGCAGCUUUAUAGAUUUAUUACCUAUUGUCUUAAUUCAUUUAAGCUUUUAUAUGUAGUGACUGAUGUUUUUUUUCUUGAGCUCUUGUCAAACUGCACCCAUUAAAGCAUUUUUUUUUACUAUUUUAUUUUUCUUCAAGUUAUUUAGCAUUGUAUAUAUAAACAAACAUGUUUGCUGUGAACAGUGUAUUAUGCAGCUGUAUCCUAUUUAAUCACCAUUUUAAAAUGGGUAGUAGUUCAAUCAAUGUCUCUAUUUGAGUGUCGGAGUUAUUAAGCGUCAAAAACAAAAAGGUUUGUGUACACUAAACACAUUGUCAGAUGUCAAAUAAAUGUGGAUAUGAUGAAACACUA